CUGAUAGAAAUAAUGGCCGCUUUCGUAGCAAUGGCUGGAAUGGGGAACAACACAAGAGACAUAUCAGAGCGUUUUAGCUGACCAGGAAGACCCCAAAUCACCAGGCACCCCCCCCCUACCCGGUUUUCAGAACGAAUGGGUAGAGGGGGUCUUGCCAUAGGACACAAUAAACGAAAGAGACUCGGAGGGAAAGGGAGGAAAGCUAACCUUGAUAGCUAGCGCUAGCUGGUUGUCACUGCCGGGGGAACAAACCCGAGUAUCCGUGACAACUGCGUGUCUGGACGGCUGGAGGGAGCGGGAGCAGCCGCUGGAGCUUGUGUUCAAACCUCUGGAAGCUCGCUAACAUGAGUGGACCGGGGCAGGACAGCGAGCCGGAGGCGAAAGUCCUUCUCAUCAAGCGGCUUUACAGGGCUGUGGUGGAGUCUGUGCACAAGCUGGAUGUCAUCAUCGGCAGCAAAGCAUCCUACAGAGAGGUCUUCAAGCCGGAGAACAUCAGCCUUCGCAACAAGCUGAGGGAGCUCUGUGUGAAGCUGAUGUUUCUCCAUCCUGUCGACUACGGCCGUAAAGCCGAGGAGCUGCUCUGGAGGAAGGUCUACUAUGAGGUCAUCCAGGUUAUCAAGACCAACAAGAAGCACAUCCACAGCCGCAGCGCUCUUGAGUGCGCCUACCGUACACACCUGAUCGCCGGUGUGGGUUUCUACCAGCACCUGCUGCUUUACAUCCAGUCACAUUACCAGCUGGAGCUGCAGGACUGCAUCGACUGGACCCACGUCACGGACCCACUGAUAGGUCGAAAGAAACCCGUGUCAGCCACCCCCAAGGAGAUGGAGUGGGCACAGAUGGCCUGUCAUCGCUGUCUGGUCUACCUUGGAGAUCUAGCACGUUAUCAGAAUGAACUUGCCGGAGUGGAGUCUGAGCAGCUGGCAGAAAGGUUCUACCAUCAGGCGCUGUCUGUCAUGCCACACGUGGGAAUGCCUUUCAACCAGCUGGGCACACUGGCAGGGAGCAAGUUCUACAACGUGGAAGCAACCUACUACUACCUACGCUGCAUCCAAUCAGAAUCCCCCUUCGAAGGCGCCUAUGGCAACCUGAAGCGCCUGUUUGACAAAGCUGCCAAGAUGUACCACCAAGUGAAGAAGCAGGAAAUGAAGAAGCUGUCUCCAUCUCGACAAAGAUCUAAAGACAUUAAGCACCUCCUGGUGAGCUUCAUGUACCUCCAGAGCCUGCUGCAGCCCAAGAACAGCCUGAUGGAGACGGAGCUGACGUCGCUCUGCCAGUCGGUGCUGGAGGACUUCAACCUGGUGCUGUUCUACCUGCCGCCCCCGUCACAUGCCGGGGCGCACCACCCCCCCAGCGAGGAAGAGGAGGAGCAGCAGGUCGCUGAGAGCUCCUGCCCCGUGCUUCCCGACAGCCUCGUCUUCAAGAUGGUGGUCACCUGUCUGAUGGUGGUGCACAGCCUGAAGAGGGGAGGAUCGAAGCAGUACAGUGCGUCCAUUGCUUUUACUCUGGCGCUGUUCUCCCAUCUGGUGAACCACGUCAACAUCCGGCUGCAGGCUGAGCUGGAGGAAGGGGAGAGCCAGGUGCCGCCGCUUCACACUGACGUCACAGAUGACCUGGAGAUGAGGGAUGUGUCCGCCCCAGCGACAGAGGGGAAGCCUCUGCAGAACGGCUCCCUGGAGCAAGAAGAUGAAGAGGAGGAGAAGGAGGAAGACGGCUCUGAGAGGGUUGGUGCCAAAAAGCCUUGCAGUGUGGAAGAACAGCGCAAGUUAGAGGAAGAGAAACAGAGACAGAAGAAGAAGUACACCCGCCUCUCCAGACUGCGCCGACGUCGCUGCGCUCGCAAGGACACUCGAGGAGGAGAGGACGAAAGCGACCUGAGCGAGGGCUUCGAGAGCGAAGAGGACGAGGAUGAGGAAGACGAGAGGAGACGGCGUACUGAUUCAACGGGGACUACCACGACAGCAGCCCCGGUCAAUCCUCCAUCCGUCAGGAAGGAGACAAAGAGAGGGGAGGAGGGGGUGUGGGGGAGCGGCUCAGAGGAAGAGGAGGAGGAAGGGGGGACGGCGUUCGAUGUGGAGACCGACUCGGACAUGAACAGCCAGGAGUCUCGCUCGGACCUGGAAGACAUUGAAGACGCGGAAAGCCCGGACAACUUGGAGGGUCAGGCGCGGGAACAACAGGACGAAGAGGAAGAUGAAGAGCAACCCAAGGAAGAAGGGGGCGAGGACAGGGACGGGGACACGCCUCCAGCCACUAACGGCCCUCUGACGCCCAGCGACUCCAGCAUCAGCAGCAACCUGCAGGCCAUGUCCUCCACGCUCUUCCAGGCCAAGCGCUGCUUCCGCCUGGCGCCCACCUUCAGCAACAUGCUGCUGCGGCCUCAAGCCUCUUCCCCCCCGGGCAUUCCCACCCCCACUGAGGUCUCUGCUCCCCCCUCCCAAGAGACUCCCCCUCCUCCUGGGGAGACACCCUGCGAUAUCAACCCCGGUACUGCCAAUGGAAACACCACUGAAAAUGACUUGGACUCGGACACAGAAGGCAGCCAACACAGUACUCAAUCAGUACCGAGUGAGAAAACCCUCUUAGAGAAGCUGGAGAUCCUGACCAAUCAGGGGUUGAUCCAGGUGGUGAAGGUGUUUGUCGACUGGCUGAGGACAAACACCGACAUUAUCCUCAUGUGUGCACAGAGUUCUCAAAGCCUGUGGAACCGACUGUCUGUGCUGCUCAACCUGCUACCAGAUGGCAGCAAGAUGCUCGAGGCUGAGCUGGGUCUGAGUGCCGAGGUGACGGAGCUGUUAAAUGAGUGUGAGCAGCCCGGUCUGAUCCAGAGUCUGCUGCUGCCCGAGGACUUGGCCCUGCGACACCUGCCUGCUCUGAACGCAGCUCACCGCCGCCUCGACUUCACUCACCGCAACCCCUCCCUCAGCUCCCUACAGGAGUGUGUGGUGCGAGUGUGUUGCAUUCGCAGUUUUGGCCACUUCCUGACGAAUCUCCAGGGCAACGUGCUGCACUUCAACCCGGAGGCGGGCAUCUUCACCAGCAUCAGCCAAUCGGAGCAGGAUAAUCUGGUGCAGCAGGCAAAGGCCCAGAUCCGAAUGGCGGAAGAGGAAGCUCGUCGAAAUCGCUUGAUGAGGGAUAUGGCCCAGCUUCGACUACAGUUGGAGGUGUCGCAGCUAGAGGGCAGCCUCCAGCAGCCCAAGGCUCAGUCCUCCAUGUCUCCCUACCUGGUGCCAGACACAGCUGCUCUCUGCCAGCAUCUGAACCUCAUCCGGCAGCUGGCCGGCAGCGGCUGCUUCAUCAUCAUCAUCCCCCGGACAGUGAUUGAUGGGCUCGACAGGCUGAAGAAGGAAAAUGCCGGUGCGAGGGACGGCAUCCGCUUCUUGGAGUCUGAAUUUCGCAAAGGAAACAGGUACAUUCGCUGCCAGAAGGAAGCUGGCAAAAGUUUUGAAAGAGAUAAACUGAAACGUCAGGACAUCGAAGCCUGGCAAUUAUACAAGAUGGUGGACAGUUGUCGUCAGCUCACAGUCUCCCAGAGCAAUGGAGAUGAAGACACAGCCGGCAUGGUGACCAUUCUCACUGACCAUCAGGUGGAAGAGCUUUGCACUCGGUCCGCAGCGAUGAAGGCGGCGAUCCAGGCCGCAGGCUCGGCGGGGAUGGAGCUGAAGAACAUCGUGGAGUUUUACCGGCAGUGGAAGGAGAUCGGCUGAGAGUUUUAACGGGGGCAGCUGUCGGCGCUGCGAACAGCUGAUCGAUCACAACACUCGCUCCCUCUCUCUCUCCCACUCUUUUGCUCUGUGUGUAUCUGCGUCUCCAUAGGCAAAAACCAACUCAAAAGAAAGCUGAAUCGAAGGAAAGAGUUUAAGCUUAGAGGGGUGGAAAAGUUAAAACAGUGGAGUAAUGAAUAAAAAAAAGAGGACUGCGGGCGAACUGGCGCUAUAAGAAAGAGCAGAUCUCCCACCUCCCAAUCCUAAACAUAAAGAGUGGUGCGGGGUGCGGAAACGGUGGGGGAACGCUACACAACUUUUUAAGUGCCCCUGGUUCACACCCUAACCAGGAAUACACUGUAUAUGUUAGCAAACAAGUACAUACGUGUCGAGAGAGAAACCGCACCACACAUAAACACAUUCAUGCUCAGAUGAAUCCAUAUAGAUGUUUAGAGCAGUGGUAUGGGUUUUUUGUUCCCUCCUUCCCUUUCCCUUCAGUCUUUAUUUGAGAAAAAAGGGUAAAGAAUGUGCGAGUCUGGUAGGGCUGCGUUGAUUUGGGAAGCCGAGGGUGUAUGAAGACAACUUAAAGGCAGAGAAAACACUGUCCACCUGACACCUGAGGCUCCAGCCCAACAAAACAAACCAAGCGUCUCAUAGCUCAUAGGCCGCUAGGAAAGCUUGAGGAAGACAAAUGUUUACUUCUCUGAGAUCGGUUUCUUUCCUAUGUGGCUUUUUUUCAUUUUCAUUUGGUUUUCUUUAUUUGCAGUGUUCUUUGUGACCAGUGACUUAUGUAUUGUGCUAAAAACACGACAGGCUUUGCCCUGUUAUAAGUUUUAAUUUGGAUUUUAUUUUUGUACCCAAAUGAUGUUCUUUAUUUUGCUUUUUGUAAGCUACAUCUGAAUGAGAUACGCAAGAAUGUUUAAGGGAAAGGGAAGGGGAUGUUGUCGUGUGUUGAUCCACUGAACAAAUCCUUCAGUACUGAAAUUAACCUAUAAUCCAGAAUAUAUUUAUCAAGGUGUCAUUUUAGAGGGAGGCAUGAGCUGAUUAACCUCAUGUUGUAGCUUUUCAUCGAGGAGGCCCGGAGGAGAGGGGCCCGCUGACUUUCCCAGAGGACUGAGGGUAGUGUUUGGACCCCUAUAAACUCCUAAAAUGUAUCCCAUCUUCAUCACCAUUUCCAUAGUGACUGUCCCAUCAUGCACAGUGCAAAAGAAAACCAGUAUAUGUGUGUGGCCAUGCAUUGAACAAUAAAAAGAAACUCGUAUAAGAUGA